GUGCGCCACCUCGCUCUGCGCGCACCGUCCGAUUACUCCGCCAUUUUUUUGCGCGUUUCGAUUCGUGGUUCUUAUUUGUGGAAAAAAUAUGUGAAAUGCUUCUGCGGCAAUCAGCGUACUGGCAAAAUUGAUAGCUCAGGAACAACAGGACACACUAAACGACCAGGAGCAGCUCCGGAUUUCGUUGCCUGCGAGGGAAGCGAUAAGCGUGCCGAAUGCAGACGCAUCUGUUACGCAGCAGAUUCCAAUUUUUGCACCACACAAAAACAUAAUUGGGAUUGAAGAUUGGAGAUUUUGGAGUGAGCCAGUAGCAGGAGCCCACAGCCGGCAGCCAUGAGUUUUUCCAGCGACGAGGUGAACUUCCUGGUUUACCGAUACCUGCAGGAGUCGGGUUUUCUGCACUCAGCCUACGUUUUUGGCAUCGAGUCGCACAUAUCGCAGAGCAACAUCAAUGGCGCCUUGGUUCCUCCGGCCGCACUGCUGACCAUCCUGCAAAAGGGUCUCCUCUACACCGAAGUAGAGUGGAGCGUGGGCGAGGACGGCGAGGUGGCACGCCCCAUAGAGGGACUCUCGCUGAUAGACGCCGUCAUGCCAGAGGUAAAGCCCCCCAAGCCCAUUGUGAAAACAGAGCCGGGAAAAUCCGGGACAGUGGACUCCUCCGCCCCCGCAGGAGGCAACCAGAACAGCAACGCCAAGCCAGAGAUCAAAAUCGAACCGGGCACAGGAGCAGCGGGCGCUGGAGCCGGAAACAAGACCGCCGGCAGCACCACGGGCACCAGCACGCCAACAGAUCAAUCGGCCAGCGAAGUGGACUCCAGCGGAAACGCAACAAAUAACACGGGAGCCACCUACACCGGCAACAAUGGAGCUGGAAGCAAUCAAGCAAGCACCGCUGGAACCAAUAGCACAAGUACCCCAACUUCAGGAGAUGCAACAGCACCAGGGGCAGGUCAAAAGAAAUCACAGAGCUCGAAUGAGGCAGGCAGUUCAUCUGGCGGCAAUGCGGUUAACGCAAAUGCCACCAGCACCGACGAUGCAGCCUCCUCCACUUCCACAAAUGGCAAUAGCAGCACCUCAAGCAGCGUGGAGCAACCCUCAAGCGGGGUUGCGCCCGCCGGCGGCACUGUGUCCACCUCCAAUCCUGACGCGGCAGCAGCUGGAGGAGCCUCCACGACAGCAGGAGCCAAGGCGCCCAGCGGAGCGGUAACGAUUCGAGUGGGAGCCCAAGGAAACAAUGUUCAGACGGGUGCGUCGGCGGCCCAGAACUCAGCGCCUAGUGGAACCAUCUCCUCGUCCACCGGUGGAGGCGCCGGAACUCCUGCAGCUCUUGUUCCUAUGGAUAUUGACGAGAGCAUCGAAAUACCCGAGUCCAAGGCUCGUGUGCUGCGCGGACACGAAAGCGAGGUGUUCAUAUGCGCCUGGAAUCCGAGUAGAGAUCUACUGGCUAGCGGUUCUGGGGACAGCACUGCCAGAAUCUGGGACAUGUCUGAUGCGAACACCAACUCUAACCAGCUGGUGCUGCGCCACUGCAUCCAGAAAGGCGGCGCCGAGGUUCCCAGCAACAAGGACGUCACCUCUCUGGACUGGAAUUGCGAUGGGUCCCUGUUGGCCACCGGCAGUUACGACGGCUAUGCCCGGAUUUGGAAGACGGACGGACGACUGGCCUCCACUUUGGGCCAACACAAGGGUCCGAUCUUCGCGCUAAAGUGGAACAAAUGCGGCAACUACAUACUCUCGGCAGGAGUGGAUAAGACAACGAUCAUCUGGGACGCAUCCACGGGCCAAUGCACCCAGCAAUUUGCUUUCCAUAGUGCUCCAGCCUUGGAUGUGGACUGGCAGACAAAUCAGGCCUUCGCAUCGUGCAGUACGGAUCAGCGAAUUCAUGUGUGCCGGCUUGGAGUAAAUGAACCCAUCAAGACUUUCAAGGGACACACAAACGAGGUGAAUGCGAUCAAGUGGUGUCCGCAGGGACAGCUGCUGGCCUCCUGCUCCGAUGACAUGACUCUGAAGAUCUGGAGCAUGAACCGCGAUCGCUGCUGCCACGAUCUUCAGGCGCACUCUAAGGAGAUAUACACGAUAAAGUGGUCUCCGACGGGGCCGGGAACCAAUAAUCCCAACACUAACCUGAUCCUCGCCUCAGCCUCGUUCGAUUCCACGGUGAGACUGUGGGAUGUGGAAAGGGGCAGCUGCAUCCACACGUUGACAAAGCACACGGAGCCGGUCUACUCGGUGGCCUUUAGUCCGGAUGGCAAGCAUUUGGCUUCCGGCAGCUUCGACAAGUGCGUUCACAUUUGGAGCACGCAAACUGGACAGCUGGUGCACAGCUACAAGGGCACUGGCGGCAUCUUCGAGGUCUGUUGGAACUCUAAAGGAACUAAGGUCGGCGCCAGCGCCUCCGAUGGCAGCGUUUUUGUCCUGGAUUUGCGGAAGUUCUGAUCUCCCGAAGAGCCGCUGCUGGAUUUCGUCUAUUAAGCAAACGCUUAUAUUCGACAGGUGCCCAUUUUCAACCCUUAAUUUGGUGGACAUUGAAUCGAUAAAAUUUCACUUGCCUUAGAACAUGAUUUAAUUUGGAUUUACAUUCACAAAUUACAUUUUCAUGGAGAGUUAAAUAUUAUUGUUUCAAAUUUUCCCAACAUUAACCUGUUUGAAGCUGGAAUCCGGGCUGUAUGUAACUCCUUUCUUAGCUAUCCCGCCCUGCAAUCUGUAUUUGUAAUUGCUUUAAGUUCUAAUUAGCUCUUUAAGGUUAAACUCUUGAGAUCCUUCUGCUUUUGUCCACGUCUUUUUUGUACGCUUAGUCCUGAGUCACACAAAACGAGAUGCGCCUCAGAUUUAAUGGGCUCCAACUUGGUUGUUGUUCCCUUCUAAUCAGCGGGAUGCGACUCGGUUCUUUUUAAACUUAGUUUUAAGCUCUAUGUUUCUAAGGUCGUCCUUUUUUAUACAGAAAUCGUUUAGUAUAACUUUAUGCAUUUUGUAAUUGUGUCGAUCGAAGAUGCCAGCCACAACGCCCCUCCCAAAUCCUUAAACCAACCCAUCAUUUUACUUUUAAGAUGAUUGGAUAUCAAACGAGAUCAGAUCGGACCGAUUCACGCAUACAUUCAGAACAGUGUAACUGCAGCCCCACGUAGUCUGUAAACGAACAUAAUCCUAAGAACCCAAGAUUGGCGAAAACACAAAAACAUCUGCAAAAUCCAUUAAAGAUUAAAAUUAAA